AACGCCGUUAAAUAUUUCUAUAUUACGUAUUUUCUAAAACAAAAGAUUUACGAUGGUACAUGGAUAAGAAGAGAUAUAAUGCAUCAGUGUAAUGCAGGGCGACUUGAAGUCGUGCCACUCUUAGAGAGAGGCAGUGGCCUUUGGCAUGCCGGCGGUGUAGGUUUCAGUCGAGAAGUCAGCGAAGACAUCGAACAUACUUUCCUGCACAGCAUACGAUUUCAUAACUGCCUCUUCAUAGUGUUCAUCAACCUGGGGAAGACUUUCGGCAGCAACAUCAACUUUGGGAGCAACAUCAGCUUGAGGAGUAGCGUCAGCUUGGCGAGUAGCAUCCAUGUCUACUGCAAAGAAAGUGCCCUUGAUCACACCUUCGUACUCAACUUGCGGUUCACUAUCUUUCAUUUGCUCUUGUACUGUCACAUUAGGGUCUUCAGCUGUUGGAUUGACCUUGGUAGCGAGCUUCUUGGCCACUUCCUCAGUAGGGUAGUUGCAAAGAAUGAGAUCUCCAUGGGUGUUACAGACAGUGCCUUCCGCGCACAUGCGACUUGUGAGCAAGCCGUUGACGCAUUCGUGAUAUUCAGGUGUUUCACCUCUGUUAGCACACUUCAUAUGGCCAGUCAUACAGGGCAUUCCUAAUUGCGAUGGUUUUGUCUCUUCAGUAAUAGUAGACUCGUCAAUUUCAACUGGACCUGUCUCAACAGAUGCAGCCGAAGACAUGAAGCAGAUGCCUCGGGUACUUCUUCUUUAGAGUGGGCACCGGGCCCUUUCUUAGCGGCCAAAUCCUUCAAUGUAGGACAAGUUUCAGGUUUCUUUCCGUU